AUGAACCCAAGCCUCGAUCUCGACCUCAGCCGCAUGCAAACACUGCUGAAAUGGAUCGUUUAUGAUGUGGCAGAGUCGAAUUUCGCCUCCGGAUUCAUCAAUAUCUUCGUGGCUACUUUGUCGAUCUCGGCUCUGAUCAGCAGCGAUUGGGUGUUGAUCGAAGAUGUGACGAACUCCACCGCCAUCGAACCUUUCUAUGAUUUCCCCGGUGCAGAGAGAUGUGAACGGCUAGGUACUCGUGACUUUUGGAGCAUCUCCUCGUUCGGCGGAUACGUGGAGAGCAAUGGAAAGAAGCACACCGCCUACCGGACGGAGGAUCGAGUUCUUUGGGAUUGUGUCACUCCACUAGUUGCUGAUUUGUUUUAUCUUCUCAUCGCUCUUUGUUUUGUCGUUUCACUGACCGCACUCUGUGGUGCCCUACUUCACGUGCUUGCUCCACCACACGGCUUCCUCGUCUGGUUGAGAAGGAAUACGAUCAUGGAAAUGUGCAAUAUGAUGCUGUGCCUGGCCGCUUGUGCCGUUGCAAUCGUCGCUGAAACAACAGUGGCCGGGCUGAGACCCGAGUCGAGUGUCUCUGUCGGAUCUGGCCUUUUCCUGCUCACCCUUGCCGGUCUUCUCUCUUUUCUCUCAGCUCUGAUGAGUCUCAGACACUUCUCUCGCAUACAAAGAGCUCGCCGAAUCGACAAUCAGCGGCUAUUGUGUGCUCGAUCGCUUCGCUCAUGGAGAGACACCGGGAGAAGAGCUGACGACACACGGCCGAUCGUCGAUUUUGAGAGAUACCUUGACUCGUCGACCACCACUCUUGAGGAGCUCGACCCGAUCCCGAAACCCAUCGAAACAAUC